UAUGACCAGGAUAGGACCACCAAUGUUGGGUGUGUUCUGGAGGAGGACCUGGGAGUUAGGAAGACCAACCGUGGAUCCUCCAGCUGACAUAAGCCACCAGUCUUCGGGGUACGUGACGUAUGAAAACACGGAGGCCACCUGUGUCUUGAGUCGGACCGAGGCUGGGGAGAGCAUUAUAUCAGGGCCUGAGGAGGGGACACCAGUUAGAACGGGGGGAUUUUUCCUACAGAACACCUCCGAUACAAACACAACCAAGGCAUGUAAUAUCAUCAGCCAUCCCCCCGUUGAUGCUGAAGAUCUGGAGGAGGGGUCGUCCCCGUGUGACGAUGACCUCAUAACUGGUCGCCCUGUAGAGGAAGCGAGUGUGACGUCGUCCUGGUGUAAUGACGUCAUACCAGACUAUUUAGAGGAAGCGUUGGUGACAUCGCCUCUACAGAGCAACAAUAUCACAUGUCCUGUAGAAGACCUCAUAGCAAGUCAUCCAGGAAAGAAGGAGUGUAGUACUACUAAUGUUGAUGUAAUUUCCCCCCAGCAUCAAGCCUCAUCACUAUCAGACCGUCCUGAUCCCAAGAUUGUAGUGACAUGUCCUCAUACUGAGGCCUCGACACCGGACCUCUGCAAACCAGAUCAGAACCAGGCGUCAGACUUAGACCUGGACCCACAGGAGGGACCAUACCGGCUCAGCCUCCAGACUCUUCUAAAGAAAUCCCAGGCAGCUUUGGAACGCCCCAAACCAGGGAGGAACCAGCCAGAGCCAAAGACCCAGACUGGAGAUGUAGAAUCGGAACCACUGGCAGGGCCGUACCGCCUCAGCCUCCAGACCCUGCUGAAGAAGUCCCAGGAGCACCGGAGACGCCAGCGUCAGCUGAAGAACCAGGCCAAGGCCUCUACUUGUCCUGUAAGGACCCAGGAGGCCUCGACACACCAGAAGAUGGAGGAGGAGAUGAGUUUCUCAGACAAGGAGAAUGAUGAGUUCCCCCAGUUAGGGAGAGGGGUGGCGGAGGGAUUGAAAACCCGGGACCGGGAUGGGAGAAAGGAUCAUCUGGGAAUGGGAGUCCAGUUUUCCGGACCGCCACCACUGGAAAUAUUCCCUAAGGAAGCGAGGGUUCAACGUGAGGAGAAGGAGAGGUCUAGUAUUGUGGAAAGAAUGGGACUCAACGAAAAAGUAUGUCACAAAGGAAUAAUGAAGGAAUUGGAGGCUGGAAAUGGCCCUACACAUUUGGUUGGUCUAGGAGGAGACACCCAAACCCAAUCUCCCCCAGGAGUGGACAUUGACGCUGGAUCGGCAGCCCAAGACAUCCAGCUACACCUCUCACCAGACGUCACAGCAGCACCGUCAACACUAAUGGACAACCUUCCACAUCCUAUCUCAGCCGAUGCCUCCAUAACCCAGGAAUCAUUCUACCUAGUCAGGGAGAAGAGCUCUACCCUGCCAAGGCCUUCCUCUCUGGGGGGAAAUAGGUUCCAGACCGUCCCUACCCCCCAGUUUAGUAUGAGCCCUAUCCGCUGUAAGAGUAAAGGAAACAGUGGCGGAGGAGGUGGCACCCCCAGGAGGCAGAUCCUGGUAAACACACCUUUGAAUGUAGACAACGAGGUGGGGUCGGGGACUGGGCUGGGAAAGAAUGAUGCUUGGGACCAAAGUAAUCUGCAUAGAGCGCCCCUAGUGGCUUGGGGUGGUAUAUCACAAGGCUUUAUUGCUCCGAUAGCUCCUGUAGUGGCCAGGGGUGGUACAACACCUAUGCGUAGGAGCUCAGACCAGGCGGAACAGAUAGCCCAGCUGGAGCUGAACCUGUCCAGCCUCAAAGCACUGAUCUCAGACCUGGAGUCCACGCUCACAGAGACACCAGGGAACCACCAGACACACAACAGCAGCCAGACUGAUAAUAUAGACCAACAAUACCAAUACAGGGACUAUCAUACACCUGACAGCCAGGCCUUACAGACAACAGGGAACCAGACACACAACAACAGUCAGACUGAUAAUAGUAGUAACCUUACCAUGGACCCGCCGCACAAAUACAUAGACUACCAUACACCUGAGAGUCAGACAGAGAGUAACCUUACUGACAGUGACAAAGGAAGAGGGGGUGGCGGUGUGAGGUCAGCUGAUAAGAUGGUGGUGGUCCCCUGUAGAGUCCAGUGGUGUGACAGCGUACCUCCAUUGGUCAAGGAGGUGGAGAUCAGUGUUACAACGGGUUACAAAAGACAAGAUGGUCGCCAGCAGCAGCCUCUUGCAGCGCGCCAAGUCACCUCCCUCACUCAGAAGAUGAGAGUUCCUGACGUGUUCCGGAAGGUUCCAUAUGAUGUCAUCAAGGUUCCGUCGGAAGUCAUCGAGGUUCUGAAGGACGUCAUCAAGAUUCCGGCAUCACACAAAACAACUUCCUCCGUCCUCUCAGACGCCAGCAACAACCAGCGCCAGCCAAUGGAGUGGAAGAGUGAUCCGGAGGACCACGCCGACUUCCUGUCCAUCAACCAAUCGUAUGACGUGGGCACGCCCUCAGGGCUCUGGCUCCAGGGAGGGUCAGGGUCAGAGGGGUCGUUGAAAGGUCAUGACCCCGCGGGGAAGCAGCUGACCCCUGAGAAUGGAGAAGUUGGUCAGGGAGGGGCGUCAAGGGCCAAACGUAGACUGGUCAUGCACACAACAGAGGAGAACGGGGGAAGAGGAGGAGGACGAAGAGCGGUGAUGGUCAGGCCUCACUCCAGUACUCCUAAAGCUGCGGUGCGGUCGCACGGUCAGGAGAACCAGCAGGUGCGAUCCUGUUCCAGUCAGGAGAACCAGCAGGUGGGAUCCUGUUCCAGUCAGGAGAACCAGCAGGUGGGAUCCUGUUCCAGUCAGGAGAACCAGCAGGUGGGAUCCUGUUCCAGUCAGGAGAACCAGCAGGUGGGAUCCUGUUCCAGUCAGGAGAACCAGCAGGUGGGAUCCUGUUCCAGUCAGGAGAACCAGCAGGUGGGAUCCUGUUCCAGUCAGGAGAACCAGCAGGUGGGAUCCUGUUCCAGUCAGGAGAACCAGCAGGUGGGAUCCUGUUCCAGUCAGGAGAACCAGCAGGUGGGAUCCUGUUCCAGUCAGGAGAACCAGCAGGUGGGAUCCUGUUCCAGUCAGGAGAACCAGCAGGUCCAUCUGGAGCUGACCCAUGCAGCCCAGAUCAGAGCCCUGAAGGAGGAGCAGAGGAGACAGCAGCAACAACUACUGCAGAUGCUGGCCAUACGUUACCAGCUACUCCAGAGUUUGUCCUUCCCUGUGUCCUCCUGCCCCACAUCCAGCUCACGUCUAGAGGACAACACGACCUCCCUCCUCCCCCUCUCUUCCAUCCCUCUGUCCUCCAUCCCCCUCUCCAUCCCUCUGUUCUCCCCCUUUCCAGGAUCCCCCCUUCCAGAUAACCUCUCCUCCCUCCUUUCAGACCCAGACUCCCCCCCACAGUCUUCCAGGUGUCUGUCUGUGUGUUACCGCCCCCUGGUGGCAGCAGCAGUGAAGGGCUACCUAACCAGGAGGCUCCUACGCACAGAGAGAGUGGGACAGCUGCUACUUACCAUCAAGGACACGCAGCAGUUCCUGCAGGCCUUCCAGCCCCAGAGCCCUGGGAGACAAGACCUGGUGCUGCUGGAGAGAGUCACACUGCAGCUCCGCUCGGCGCGUUAUGAGGUCCAGGACAUCUUCUUCUGUGUGUCAGCUGGAGACAGGAUGCAGAUCAUCAGCUGGGACAGACAGCUGGCCAGGGAGAGGGAGAUGAAACGCAAGACUGGGGAAACAGGGUCGACCAGGGGGAAGAGUUCUCUGUCUGCUGCUACACAGAAAGCCCUAGAGAGGAAGAGAGGAGUCUUGAUGACGCAGAGGGGGACUGGGGUUGUAGCUGGCCAGAAGGGCCCUCUGGCUGGGGCAGAGGAGAACGUCGUGAAGCAGACACGUGGGUCUUUUCGACCCAACCCUCAAAGGGUCCCCAAGACCACCCCGUCCCGUAGACCUCGGUGAAGAUGGUCUACUUAUCGGGCUAGACUGGACCGGGAACUGGGUCGUGUUAAGUUUUGGCACGCCGUAGCGAAACGUUUUGCACCGGAGAACGAAAACAAGCGUUUCUUAUUGGACAAGUUAAUGUUCGUAUUCGUUAGUGGAAAUGAAUACUGUUGAUACCUAAAAAGAUACACACACACACACACACACACACAAUCCAUCUCACGUAGCCCUAAAACGAUACGCCCCUAUGGUCCCUGGUCAAUAGGAGUGCACUAUAAAGGAAAUGGGGUGCCAUUUGGGUUGCAUCCAUAGUAUUUCUUGCUAACCAGUGUACAUCUGGAAAGUAUUGUAUUUUAACUUGAUUGUAUACUACAAAGGCACAACUCACUGCAUUCAAAUGCAUCUUAUCUACUACAUACUGUAUGUGACAAUCUAUUCUUACCACAGGACCUCAGGACUUGUUUUUGGACACAGCGUUUGUAAUAUGUUAGUUUUACACAUUCUAUACUAUUUAUAUUUGGUAUACCUGUUUUUGGUACAGUAUUGGGAUAGCAAUGCAACCAAAGGCCAGAAAACUCAAGUCUGUUUUUUAAAGUCUGUUCUGAGUGUUCUUCUUUCCUACUGUUUUUGUUCUAAAUUAUUUGGUAUUUAUUCAUGUGGUUUUUAAUAAAUGUUUUUAUAAAAAAUGUA